UCCCCACCUUCCUCUCCCCUCCUGCGCCCCCGCGCCGGGCGCCCACCCUGUCCUCCUCCUGCGGGAGCGCAGUCCGCGGCGGCGGCCGGAGCGGGCCGGGCCGGGCCGGGGGAUGGCGCUGCUGGACCUGGCCCUGGAGGGAAUGGCCGUCUUCGGGUUCGUCCUCUUCUUGGUGCUGUGGCUGAUGCAUUUCAUGGCCAUCAUCUACACCCGAUUACACCUCAACAAGAAGGCAACAGACAAACAGCCAUAUAGCAAGCUCCCAGGGGUGUCUCUUUUGAAACCACUGAAAGGAGUGGAUCCUAACCUAAUCAACAACUUGGAAACAUUCUUUGAAUUGGAUUAUCCCAAAUAUGAAGUACUCCUCUGUGUUCAAGAUCAUGAUGAUCCAGCCAUUGAUGUGUGUAAGAAGCUUCUUGGGAAAUAUCCAAAUGUUGAUGCUAGAUUGUUCAUAGGUGGCAAAAAGGUUGGCAUUAAUCCCAAAAUUAAUAAUUUAAUGCCAGGAUAUGAAGUUGCAAAGUAUGAUCUUAUUUGGAUUUGUGAUAGUGGAAUAAGAGUGGUUCCAGACACACUCACUGACAUGGUGAAUCAAAUGACAGAGAAAGUGGGCCUGGUUCAUGGGCUGCCCUAUGUGGCAGACAGACAGGGCUUUGCCGCCACGUUAGAACAGGUGUAUUUUGGAACCUCUCAUCCAAGGUCCUAUAUCUCUGCCAAUGUAACUGGUUUCAAGUGUGUGACAGGAAUGUCUUGUUUAAUGAGAAAAGAUGUGCUGGAUCAAGCAGGAGGGCUUAUAGCUUUUGCUCAGUACAUUGCUGAGGAUUACUUUAUGGCCAAAGCAAUAGCUGACCGAGGUUGGAGGUUUGCAAUGUCCACUCAAGUUGCAAUGCAAAACUCUGGCUCAUACUCAAUUUCUCAAUUUCAAUCCAGAAUGAUCAGGUGGACCAAAUUGCGAAUUAACAUGCUGCCUGCUACAAUAAUUUGUGAGCCAAUUUCAGAAUGCUUUGUUGCCAGCUUAAUUAUUGGAUGGGCAGCCCACCAUGUUUUCAGAUGGGAUAUUAUGGUAUUUUUCAUGUGUCAUUGCCUGGCGUGGUUUAUAUUUGACUACAUUCAACUCAGGGGUGUCCAGGGUGGCGCACUGUGUUUUUCAAAACUUGAUUACGCGGUAGCUUGGUUCAUCCGUGAAUCCAUGACAAUAUACAUUUUUUUGUCGGCAUUAUGGGACCCUACGAUAAGCUGGAGAACUGGCCGCUACAGACUGCGCUGCGGAGGUACAGCCGAGGAAAUCCUGGACGUAUAACUACAGCGCCAUGACUGUACAUAAAGGAAAAAAGAGAAGUAUUAUAAGUUAUGUUUAUAUAAAUGCUUUUAAAAAUCUACCUUCAGUAGUUUUAUCACAUGUAUGUUUUGGUAUCUGCCCUUUAAUUUAUUUUGCAUGGCACUUGCAUCUGUGGGGGGAGGGUGGGGAAGAACACGUCUGUAGUCUUGGCCAAAAUGAUUAUACUUUAUUUUGUGGAAGUGGAGAAUCAAGAGAAUUGGUUCCAGGAACCUGGGUUUGGUGUGUUGUUCGUUUGUUUUUUAAAAAUACAUAAAUGAAUAUAUAUAUAUACACAUAUAUAUAUAUAUAUACACACAUAUAUAUAUAUAUAUAUAUAUGAAUGUUCUGCAACAAACACUAUGACAGUAUCCUUCAGUAGAGAAAGUUUCUUCCUAGUGAGUCCACUCUUUUAGAGCAUUGAUGGGAUGGCGGCUGCUUUGUUUUGGGGGUAAGAAAAGACUAGAAGGUACUCCCUUUCCACGUGUAGAGUGAACGGUGUGACGCAGUGACCAGCCCGCAGUGAGGCACUGACUGAGAAACUUUCUCAUGCUUUAUGCCUACCUCUUGUAGUCGUUGCAGAGCAAAUGUAAAUUGUAAUAAACAGUAGCUAGGCCUUGCAAAAACAAACGGAAAAAAAAAACCUUUAAAAAAUAAUAAUAAAAGUAAAAGAGCUGGAGUCUAGUUAUUUAUAUGAAUCUGUGAGAAAUAUUUUUUUGGUCUCACCGCAAUGAACCAAAAGUGGUUGAGUUUGGUUUUUAAUUGUAGCCAUGUCUUGAAGGCAUCUUUUUGACCAACUCUCGUUGGUUCUGUCUUGAACCAUUGUUAAUCACUGUGCUGGUAAAUCUUUCCUUCCCUGUUCCUCACCUGACCCAUCCUGUCUUUCCUUAACUUUUUUCGGGGCGGGGUGGGGGAGGGAAUUGGGGGGGGGUUGUUUUAGUGUGAGUGGAUGUUUUGAUAGUUGUGAGGAAAAAUGCAUUUCAGACACAUUUCACACAUGAGCUAUUUUCUUACACAGUAUGUCUUAUUGUUAAAAAGAAUGUAAUUUCAUGAUACAGGUAUUUAAUAUCUUUUUUAAGUAAAUCAAUAUUCUAGCCAUCCAUCAAUCAAUUGCAGUAGAGUAUUAAGAGGGGACAGGAUGAGUUUUAAUUUUAAAAUUAAUCAGUAUCCAACUAAGUCUACUGUGUAUGUGUUGUUUUUUUUUUUUAAUUUACUAUUACAGUUAGUCUAGUCUUAUUUAAAUUGGAUUUUUGUAUUCCAGUUUGUAUGACAUAAUAGACUAGACCAGUGCUGGUUGUAAAUGCAUGCUCUGUUUUGUGCUUCUCUCCCCAUCAAGCCGCUAAACUUGCUUGUCAGGUUGUGCUUCACUUGUGGUGAACUGGACUUGUUUUUGUUAAAAAAUAUAUAUAUAUAAUAAUAAUAAUAGGCAAAAAUGUAAGGGACAGUGCAUAAGUCUGUCUGCCUUUUCUUUCUCUCUCUCUCUUUUUUUUUUUCUUUCCUUCUUCCUUUCUUUCUUUCUUUCUUUGUGGAACUUUUUUCCUUCGGGAUUGGAUGGCAUGUUGUCCACAUGAAUGCCUGCUGCAGGGCUGAUACUGGCAAUAUGGCAGCUUUAAACCUUAAGUUACUGCAGUUUCCAUGUCAAAGCAUAAUGUGUCACAUGUUAGCAAUAACUACAUAUUCAUAAAAAUGAACACUUUUCCACUUCACUGAGCCAGUUUCAUUUCAUUGUCCAAUGAGUCUAUAUACAUGGUUUCAAUGGCAGUGUAUCUCUAAAUGGGUGUAUACAAUGUGUACACAUUACAGACGAGCUUUUUCUCUGGGCCAAACUACUUCAUGCAAUUUUUUUUUUCCUUUUUUCUUUUUUGCCUUAUGAUGAAUUUGUUUGAAGGGCAUUUUCUUCACGAACAAAGGCUUUGAUGCAUCUUCCUUUCUGUGUGAAACGGGGGUAGUGUUGUUCCCUGAGGAAAGUUGCACAGUGAAAACCAGUCUAGUUGUGACCCACUCUUGUAUUUAUUUUUUUUUAAAUCACUGUAUCACACAAACUGAAUUUUGCUGACCAUGUUUGUAAUUUGUUGGUUUGUUUAAUGAAGUUUGGUUGAUGCCAUCCUUUGCACUGCUGAGGUGAAAUCUUGCUUCUUACUUAGCUUUCUGCUGAGCUCAGUAUGGGCAGUGUAACAACAAAACCAAAAUGGCUGGACAGACUUCUUGUGUUUGUAAAUAUGAAAAGUGACUUGUUCUGUACGUGUGUUUUUUAUGUGGUAGUGGAGUAUUUCCUUUAAGUGAAGCUUCACUUAAGCAGACAGAGUGAUUCUUUGUUUAGCGAGUUUAGAGUGAUGAUAAAAUCGUAAGAAAUAAUAUAAAUGUUGAAGAAAGCAUCACAACAGAACUGUUGGAGUCCAAAUUUAAUAAACUGUUUAAAAAAAAACCAAGUGUCUAGAAUAUAUCAUGUUUAUUAUUUAAAAUCAUUGUCUUAAGUUUUUUGUUCAAAAAAUAAAAAUUUGAAUACAGUCAAAA